UGGCUGUGCCCUGUUCCAGCCCCCCACUCAAAACCUAGUAAUAAGAGGGUAGACAAAAGAGCUGUCAGCCAGCUACCACGGCCACGUUCAGAGCCCUCUAGCAACACUGGGAAAGGACUCCACUUCCUGCCAGAUCUCAACGGAGGCACAAAGCAGAUUGUCAUGAAGCUCUGGGCUCUCCUCGCCAUGCUCAUCUAUGGGAUUGGGCUGCUUCUGCCCGUGUUGGGAGGCUUCAGGUUCAAAACUGAUGAAUUAGAAGAGACUGAGCAAUGCUGGGUCCAGCCUCCCAUAAGGUACUGUGACAGCAGGUGCACCACAGAAUACAAGUGCUUGAGUUCAAAUGCUACAUGCUGCUGGACCUACUGUGGGAAAAUUUGCCUGGACAAUGAAGAGCCCUUUAAAACAAUGAUGACCUCAGUAUACUAUUAGCAUGAGCUGAAGGAUGACUCCAUGUUCUAGAAAGAGUGCUACCUGGUUCUCCUUUGGGACACUCACUUGGUCCAGCUGAAAAAACAACACACUCUGCCUUCUGAGCAGCCUUGACCUUGAGAAGGCUCAAAUUUUUGCAAAAGAAAUAUAUACA